ACAGGGAGAGGGGAUGGGAGUAGAAUGAGCACUAAACCGCCUCUUCUUCUCUCUCCAGCACUUCUCCAGGAGAAAAUCAGCUUCACUACAGCCCCUGGUAGACAGGGCCAUUUGUUUGUGUGUGUCCAUUCAUAGAGACGACCCACAUUCGUCAGUGUCCACUCCAGCUGUAGAGCCUGUCUGCACUGAAUGACAGAGAGGGAAACGGGAAGAAACAGGGGAAAUCUGUGGGGAGGCUGAUCUAGUUUACUCUGCUGCAAGCCUGAAGACAGGAUGGAUUUCUGCACAAAGUGAGCAAAGAGAAGCUAAACUGCACGUAUUAAGCCAGAAUGUCGGGAAUGGACGUCCUGCUGGUGGACAACAACAAGACCGGAGUCACCCCGAUAGACAAUGGGACUUUACUCCGUUUCUCCCCGACGUCUGCCUCCACGUCGGCGGCUGCCUCGUCCCCAGGAGGUCGCCAGGGCAACGUCUACGUCUACGUUUGGCUCUUCCUCGGGCUGCUGGUGUUCCUGCUGACGCUGCUCAUCAUCUCCCUCCACAGGCUGAAGAACAUCAUCUCAUCGUCUUCCUCGGUCCCCGACUGCAGCAGCGAGGGAGGGAGCUCCUUCACCAACAUGGAGAUCUGCAGCGUCUCCUCUCAGAGGUCCACCAUCUCUGUGCUCUCUACCUGAGCAAGCUCGCAGCGAGCAGACUCGUGUAUAAAUGCGCCGUAUUCUCUUUAUAGGCUGAGGAUGCAUGCAAAUAAACCAACAAGAGAAACUCCACAAGACCAGCUGAUGGAAUAUCCUCCCAUGCAUGCAUAUUUUAAUCCUGGCGGUUCAGUGACUCUGAAGUCUAUAUGCAAUCUGCAUAGCUACCACAGAGGUUACAAGGGUUGAAAGUCAACAUAUCCCGCUAAACCUGACUUGAACAACAAAAAAACGAACUUGGUGAAUACUUUCCCAUUGCAGGGAAAACACAAAGUGAAAGACUAUUAUCCUUUUGUGUUGACUUUUUCUGUCUUUAGAAGCUUUGUAAAUCAUAUCCUGAUGAUAUCUGUAGAUUACGCUGCCAAACCCAGCAUUCUAAAAUAUUAAACAUCUGAACUUUGUUAACAGGA